AUGAACGAAUCGGAAAUCGAGGCUGCAGUGGCGGCCAUGGAGCUGGAGGACCAACUUCUCCAGCCCGAAUGGUCCUACCUAGUACUUUCCAUCGUUCCGCUCGUCUGUAUCUUGGGUAAUCUGAUGGUAGUGGCAGCUGUAUGGACCACCAAAAGUUUACAAACUCCAACGAACCAUCUUUUGGUUUCUCUUGCAAUGGCUGAUCUUAUAGUUGGUGCAUUCGUGAUGCCGUUCAGUAUCUAUCUUUCCAUAAACGGACUCCAUUGGCACUUGCCUCUGUUUGUUUGCUACUUUUAUUGCGUUUUGGAUGUCGCUGCAAGCACUUCGUCAAUUAUUCAUCUUGUGUUGAUUAGUAUUGACAGAUUGGUUGCGGCAACAAAACCGGCGGAGUACAAAACAAUGAAACAUAGGAAAAGGGUGUACUUGGCUAUCGCUAUCACAUGGAUUUUCAGCAUUGCACUUUCGCUACCUCUGGGAACCGGAUUCAAUACACGGACUAGUCAUUUUUUGGUGAUUGAACAUCACUGUGGAAUUUACAAUCCUGUUUAUAUGAAAUGGCCGGUGGUCAAUUUCUUGGAUUUGGUGCUGAUGUUGGGUAACAUCACCACGUCAGCAAUUCAAUGUGUCAUUGGCAUCGCACCUAAGAAUAGAAACAUGAUCACUUGGGAGAAGCCACUUCUUAAGAAGAUUGAGGAGACUGCUGCGGAGCAUGCGAGUUCCUUAAAUGAUAGUGAACGAGAGCAGCUGCAAACAAUUCUUGAAGCAGUUCACCCAUCCUCAUCCGGAAGUCAAGAAAAUACAACAAUCGAGGAAGACCCGGACCGACCACCCUCUGUUCUUUUGGAAGCUGUGACUUUAAAAUGCGAGAUCGACACCAGCGGGCCCAUCCUUGAACUGCCACGCCCAACCUACACGAAAAACAUGUCGCGUCGAUUCUCUGAUGCGGUCAAUUCAAUUUCGAGUCGCGGUAGAAUGAAGUCAGUGUCGUUUGGAACUGCUGCAUCGCGACGACGUCGACAUUCACAUCAGCCAGUAGGAAAUCGGGAAGUCGUCACGUCCGAAGAGUCCAAAAAGUUGCACUCGCUAAAGCCACCAUUGGUUGAAAAGAGAAAGAUGCGGAGGUUGUCCGAGAUGAUAUCGGAUUGGGAGCGACCGUCGAGAAGUUCCAUUAGUAAUAUGUACUUAUACGCAAGGAGAGAAAGUGUAUACAUUGCACGAAAAAAGUUGGCAGGGCUAAAAGACUGGGCACUUGACCUACUAGCAAAACUGAAAUCAAAACAAGGAAUGGCUAUUCGGAGGGAGACAAGAGCAACCAAACUUGUGGCUACAGUCAUGGUGGUCUUCCUAGUUUGCUGGCUCCCAUUCUUCACAUUGAAUAUGAUCAAAAUUUAUAAGCUAAUAUUCAACGUGUGGUCUGCCGAUUUGGAGAUUUGGUUCCAUUGGUUUACGGCACUGGGCUACCUCAACUCUUCUUUGAAUUUCUUCAUCUACUCGACUAUCAACCCGAAAUUCCGUCAUUCUUUCCGUAGAUUGUUAGGAUUCCGUCGCUCGUCACGUCGUCAACGAGAAAAAUCUUGGAUGCUUCCACCACGCGAUAGUAGCAGAGGUCCGGCAAAAUGUGGAUGCGGUUUCCAUAAAAUUGUGAAAAGCCCUCUGCGCAAAACGAGCUCAGCUGGACCAAUGAACAACCGCAAGAUUUCAAUGCAAAAACCAGAAAUCGUCAUCGAUGAAAUCUCGCCAAACCGUAUUUCAAUUUCGGCUGGAGGAAAUACAACGUUCAGACGUUCAUCCGAUGAUUGCAUCCGUCGAUCAUCAUCAGAAAUCAUCGGUGGUAUCACUCUUCCUUCCCAAAGUAGCAAUGAUAAACGAAGGGGAUCUGGCAUGUCCAAUAGUUCAGCAUCCCUUCAUAUUCACGAAACUCGAAUGACGUUUGAAGCAAUGGUUCAGGACCAAGCUGAUUGCGAGAUUUUCGUGUGA